UAUAAAGAAGUUACAGGGGGGCGUUUUCGGCUUCCAAUUAGGAAUAAUACUGGCUUCGUAGCAACUACCGAGGAGGAGGAUUCUAAAACCACCUCACCCGUGCCAAAUCCUGCAUCCCCCUCGUUCUCCCACGCACCCCUUCCCCAAUUCAUGACCGAGAAAAGAAAAGGGAGCCAGGGCGCGCUCUGCUCCUCUCUGCCGGUGGGAAGCCGAGAGGCCGGCGGAGUUGGAUGGUAGGCAUGAGUACAAUUAAGCGGUGCGCGCCUCUGCACCCUUUGCCGCCAGCGGGGAUUGAAGUGGCCUGAAAGAGUUGUCCGGCAUUCCUGUUCUUCCCAAAGGGGCUCGGAGCCGCCUCAAACGCCGCGGGACUGAAGAGCAAACGUCGGGGAUUAUUAUGUCGAUCUUCUGGGGACCGGGGUUUGCCUCGCCGAACAGAAGAAAAGGCUGGCUUCUCAGGGGUCCCGCCGGCAUUUGAUACUCAGAGACGCCUAGGAUUGUCCAGAUUGCCGUGGAUCAGCAACUUUCCUGCAUUCGCGUCCCCUAUUUUUAAAGAAAAUCAUUUUCUGUUUGCUGCGUUGGUCUUUCACUGACAUCAAUACACUGAAGCAAAGACUUCGGUCUUUUCAUUCAAAGUGUGCUUUAUAUUUUUGCCAAAUAUGAUCUCUAAUUGAAAGUUUAUUGUUGCUUUUGGAUGAAUCUGUGGAGUUUAUGCUGUAAGAAGAAAGGGAGAACAAGACACAAUGAAAGAGAAGUCCAAAAAUGCUGCCCGGACUAGGAGGGAGAAGGAAAACAGUGAAUUUUAUGAACUGGCUAAAUUACUGCCUUUGCCCUCGGCUAUCACCUCGCAGCUGGACAAAGCAUCCAUAAUCAGACUCACCACCAGCUAUCUCAAAAUGAGAGUAGUGUUCCCAGAAGGGCUCGGCGAGGCGUGGGGCCACUCGAGUCGCACCAGCCCCUUGGACAACGUGGGCAGAGAACUGGGCUCCCAUCUGCUCCAGACCCUGGAUGGCUUCAUCUUUGUGGUGGCCCCAGAUGGGAAGAUCAUGUACAUCUCGGAGACAGCCUCAGUCCACCUGGGUCUUUCUCAGGUAGAGCUGACUGGGAACAGCAUUUAUGAAUACAUCCACCCAGCGGACCACGACGAGAUGACCGCUGUGCUCACGGCCCAUCAGCCCUACCACUCUCACUUCGUCCAGGAGUAUGAGAUCGAGCGCUCCUUCUUCCUGAGGAUGAAGUGCGUCUUGGCCAAGAGGAACGCGGGCCUCACCUGUGGCGGCUACAAGGUCAUUCACUGCAGCGGCUACCUGAAGAUCCGCCAGUACAGCCUGGACAUGUCCCCCUUCGAUGGCUGCUACCAGAACGUGGGCCUGGUAGCCGUGGGACACUCGCUGCCUCCCAGCGCCGUCACGGAGAUCAAGCUGCACAGCAACAUGUUCAUGUUCCGCGCCAGCCUGGACAUGAAGCUCAUCUUCCUGGACUCCAGAGUAGCGGAGCUGACGGGGUACGAACCUCAGGACCUAAUUGAGAAGACCCUGUACCACCACGUGCACGGCUGCGACACCUUCCACCUGCGCUGCGCCCACCACCUGCUGCUCGUGAAGGGGCAGGUGACCACCAAGUACUACAGGUUCCUGGCGAAGCACGGCGGCUGGGUAUGGGUACAGAGCUAUGCGACCAUCGUCCACAACAGCCGCUCGUCCAGGCCACACUGUAUCGUCAGCGUCAACUAUGUCCUCACGGACACGGAAUACAAAGGGUUGCAGCUCUCCCUGGAUCAGAUCUCAGUCUCUAAACCAGCCUUCUCCUACACCAGCAGCUCCACUCCUACCAUGACUGACAACAGGAAGGGGGCCAAGUCCAGGCUUUCCAGCUCAAAAUCAAAAUCCAGAACUUCCCCGUAUCCUCAGUAUUCGGGAUUCCACACGGAAAGAUCUGAAUCUGAUCACGACAGCCAGUGGGGUGGAAGUCCCCUGACCGACACAGCCUCUCCGCAGCUCCUGGACCCCGCGGAGAGACCCGGCUCUCAGCAUGACACGUCGUGCGCCUAUAGACAGUUCUCUGACCGCAGCUCUCUGUGCUAUGGCUUUGCGCUGGACCAUUCCAGGCUGGUGGAGGAGAGGCACUUCCACACCCAGGCCUGCGAGGGCGGCCGGUGUGAGGCAGGCAGGUACUUCCUGGGAACGCCGCAGGCCGGGAGGGAGCCCUGGUGGGGCUCUCGCGCAGCCUUGCCCCUGACCAAGUCUUCCCCAGAAAGCAGAGAAGCCUAUGAAAACAGCAUGCCUCACAUCGCUUCCGUCCACAGGAUCCACGGGCGAGGUCACUGGGAUGAAGAUAGUGUGGUCAGUUCUCCAGACCCCGGGUCUGCCAGCGAAUCAGGUGACCGAUACCGCACUGAGCAGUAUCAAAGUAGCCCACACGAGCCUAGCAAAAUUGAAACUCUGAUAAGAGCCACCCAGCAGAUGAUUAAAGAAGAAGAGAACAGAUUGCAGCUAAGGAAAGCCCCCCCAGACCAACUGGCUUCCAUUAAUGGAGCUGGGAAAAAACACUCCCUCUGUUUUGCAAACUACCAACAGCCCCCGCCAACAGGGGAUGUCUGCCACAGCUCGGCUCUUGCCAACACUUCACCAUGUGACCACAUCCAGCAGAGAGAGGGAAAGAUGCUGAGCCCCCAUGAAAAUGACUAUGACAACAGUCCCACUGCACUGUCUCGAAUAAGUAGUCCCAAUUCGGAUCGCAUUUCAAAAUCCAGUUUGAUCCUAGCUAAAGACUAUCUACAUUCGGAUAUGUCUCCACAUCAGACAGCGGGAGACCAUCCUGCCGUCUCUCCAAACUGCUUUGGUUCUCACCGGCAGUAUUUUGAUAAGCAUGCUUACACAUUAACUGGAUAUGCCCUGGAGCACUUAUAUGACAGUGAAACCAUUAGAAACUAUUCCUUGGGCUGUAAUGGCUCACACUUUGAUGUAACUUCCCAUCUAAGGAUGCAGCCAGACCCGGCACAAGGACACAAGGGAACAUCUGUUAUAAUAACCAAUGGAAGCUGAUGUUUUUCUAAAAUAUUUUGUUCUUUAAGGAUCUCUGAAACAUAUUUAUAGUUUAAUGCCCCAUUACCAGCAUUUACUAUGCCACAGAUGGUUAGAGAGGAUAAUUUAAGUUACUGGAUAUUUGACAUGUGUUCCUGCAAAAUCAAAGAGCACUAGCCUUCAGGGUUACACACAGACAAUGGAGUUAAAAUGAAUACAUAAAUUGCCCAUCUAAUUAUAUGGAACCAGAAUAGAUAAAUUUUGAAUUGAAAAGUACUCUUGUAGAUUAAGUGAGCAUAUAUACCACAUGAAAGGACUGGUAGAAGACAGUAUUGCAUUGUGAUGUAAACCUCAUACACACAGACCACUUAUCCACAAACGGCUAUGUACACUUUACAUGCAGAAAUGUCGACUAUAUACCUUAAAUACAACCCACAAAUGGGUAAGUUUUCUUAACCCUAGCACAUUAAGCUUAUUAAAGAAAUUUCCAUUCCUAAAAUAACUAAGAAAGAGAGAGAUACAUCUUGUAAACUGGUUUCUUCGUUGUGAUUUCAACCAGUCAGCUCAUUUGGUUCAGGCAUAAAUUAGGGAAAUGGUUCUGGCAUGGUACAAGAAUGAGUUUCCACCUGGUAUCCAUUUUAAGCAAUCAGGAAGUGGUGAUUUUUCACUUUAUUUUUGAGUUAGACAAGGAACAGGAUCACACUGACAUAGCAGUAAGGGUUUUCUGAGUAAAAGGACUGAGAUGUUGGGACACACAUCAAAAAUCUGGCAUGCCCAAUUGGAAAUAGUUUAGUAAAGAUGGAAAGGCCAGAGACAGAGAGAAAUGAAAUGAUAUCUCAACACAAACAAUUUAAGCCUCCGAAUAUGUAAUCAACAUAUUUCGGGCUAUAAAACCAACCAAAUUAAAAACUCAAACCGAUUCACCAAGAAAAAAGGCUGCUAAGUGCAAGAAAGAACUAAGGAAAGCCAAUGGAGGGCUAUUUGGCAGCAGUGUAAGUGAGAACAUUUCAGAGCACAGAUGUGCAAAUGCGACAACAUGUGGAAAGCCUCAGGAGAGAGCCUAAGAUAAAAGCUCGGGCUGAUGGACAAGUGGUUAAAAGGGUAAGAGUUACUUCAACUGAAGGAACACGCAAAGCGCUCGUUCUCCUUAUUGUCUGUGAAUGACAAAAACAACAAACUUGGUCUUAAGUUCGGGUGAUAACGGUAGAAAAACCAGCAGACUAGAAAGCAAGGUCUCUGGGUUCCAGUCCUGACCCCGCCUAUAACUUAGUUUGGGAAUAUCACCGUGCCUGGGCCCUAGUUUCUUUGUCUGUAUGGCCGUUCUGACUUGCCAUGGUUCUGUGGAUCAUCGGUGCGACAGAACUACACUUGUUAACCAGUUAACUCUCUGCCGUCAGUUGUCAAGACCGAUCCUUCUGGCUUGUCUGCACUCCUGCAGAGGUCCAGCUCCUUUGUAACUUCAGCAGGUGCAUGGGCUCUUUUAGGCAUGUGUAGUUACAGUCAACUUUCUGGUCCAGCCAGAAUGUAGAUGGUAGAAACUGAUGAGGGAGUAGGAAAAUGAGGACAAUUUAUUUCAUGCACUAGUCUCUAGUAAUCAAAGCAAAGUGACACAAAUGAUUAGAGAAGUUUCUUAGGCAGUCUUUUCUAGGCGCCCCAUGCCUGCAACUCUUGCCAUCUGCAAGGAGGGGAAUGUUUUGGAAGAAACGGACUCAUGAUUUUCAAGACAGAACAUGACACUGACACUCAGGGAUUAGAACUCUAGUUGCAUCACUUAACAGUUAUUUGGCAGUUUAUAGGCAGGUAACAAUCUGAAUGAUGAUAGUCUGAGAGAUGAAGAGGGGGCCGUUUGUAUAUGACAAAAGAGGUGACAUGAAAUUAAGUAUUUCUUGGGUAUGACAUAGCGACAUUUGUGUCAUAAAUGGAAAAAGUGCAAGUGAGAAAGUUAGUAGUUAUCAUAUAUACUUUCAAAAAAGUUCAAAGAACAAGAAAAACUACAUGUUAAACCACAGAAGCAAAAGUGUUCAGUGACUUUGAGAAAAAUACUCAUUAAAAACCCCUGGAAUACUUAAAAUAGAUUUUUGAUCAAUUUGAAACACAAAGUCAGGUUUUAGGAAUGCUAAACUUUUUGGGGAAUUCUGUAGGUGGGUUAAUGGUUCAAAGACACAAACAUCUGAAGAAUAUGGUGUAUUUUGGAAAGGAAAUCUAUACAGAUGGGUUUUACUGAUGGAUAUACAUCCUACCAAAAAUGUCAGGGACAGAUGCUAUAAAAUAAAUAGAAUCUUCAGAAUCAAGGAAAAGGAACUGAUAUGAAAGAAAAGAAUGCCAUUGAAGAGACUUCAGUGAAAUCUUAAAAUGGCAGAUAGUUAAUUGGCAAAAAAUAAAUUAUGAACUCUACAAAUAAGGGGUAAUCAGAAGAAAUAAAGCCUUGUAAGGUGGUAUGACCAAUAUUUUUAAGUGAAGACAGAAGUAACUACAUUACAUCCUAAUUAAAAAUUUUGGUAGGCUGACCCCAGUUUUAAAUACAAACCAUUUAUUUAAUUUACAUGUCAAUAAUUUUAUAGUGGCAGAUUUAUUACAUUACAUAUAAUGCCUUACAGGCCCACAGUAUUAUAAGCUUACAUUUUUGGCAAUGUGGCAUGAUUAUUACAAAAUGCCCCAAAAAUAAGAUGAGACAGUUUAUGACAAAGUACCUUUUUAAUAUGCACAAAAAUGUAUUAAAAUGUAUUUAUAAUCUACAUUAUCUUGUUCUGUCCAGGAACAUAUUUCCUCAUAAUGAAGAUGUCAUCUGUGUCUUUUUAAAAUAUGGGAUGUAAAAUGCGCAUGUUACCAAUAACUUAAAGUUAAAUUGGCUUUAGUUUUAAUCCUUGAUUUCCAUAACUUUGCUAAAUGUUGAGAAUCAUGAUACUAGAUUGAAAUAGAGAAGUAUGAUUUUUAUAUCACAUUGGGGAUUCAUAAAAAUGUGCUAUAUCCAAUUGCUAGUAUAAUAUGUAGCAAUUCAUUAGAUGAUACAAAGUUCAUGCUUUCUAGUAAUAGUAAGAAUAUCUUUAUUGCCCAUUUACCUACCUGUCAUACCUAAUUUACCAAUUUGGAUGACCAAAUAAAAAAAUAAAUAUUUCCCCAAUGUUCCUUGAGAAAAUUCUAUUAAAACUAUUGAGAAUAUACAGAUUUGAUGUAUUAUUUUUGGGUGCAUACUAUUAAUGUCCUAAUCACUACAGGUCGGACAUUUAGGUGUCCUUCAGUUUCACAAGUCUUUUGACAUACUAUGCUGAAUAUAAUGGGCUAGCUUUUCUAAACUGUAAUUGCCUGAUCUAGGAUAAUAUGAUGCAGUGCUGAUGUGACAUUCAAAAUGAGACAGGAUGCAAUAAGUAAUUAGCUUUCAGCGUUUAUACAGAAAACCCACUCAUUCUCUCUUGAUUAUAUUUUAUAGGGCUAGAAUAUUUCCAUUGGGCACUAUUCUUAAUUCUCUCUACGCCCUGCUGCCACAUGGUGCCUUUGGGCAGAGAAUCCCACUUAAAAUAAGCUUUAAUGGGAUCUUCCAGAAAAGGAUAAUAUGCUCCAUUUUCUUUUCUUUUUUAAUUGGGGGAUAAGGAUCUAUCCAAUAAAAGAUCAUUUGGAAAAUAUGCAUAGUUAUCUUAAAAUAAAAUGAAAGGCUUUUUACCCCACAAGACCUAGACCAAAUAAGUUUGCUAGAAGACACUGCAGCUAAAGAGACAUUCUGAAGACAGGUAUGUUUUUUAUAGCUCUCUCUGCCUCUCAAGAGCAGGAUGUUACUAAGAUAUUCAGUACACUUCUAUUAGUACUAGUAGUAUUUGGAAGUGACCGAGUGAAUGCCGAUAUUUGGAAAACGGAGGGUUUGGUUAUCUGGGGGUUACUUACCUUGCCCAGUGGAAUAGCUUCCACUUUAAUAUACUUUCUUUGAUUUAAACAAGUUUGAAUGCCCAGAUUUGGUUCUUCAGUUCAUUCAAACCAUAGAACAUAGAUCGACAUUCUAUUUACUGAAUGAUUUAAAGAAUGUAAAUUCAAUGGCUCUCCAAAUAAGUGAUUCAACUUUCACGUAAAUGUCAGUUUUUGUGAAUAGGGAUCUGACUCUAAGACAGCAGAAGCUACUGGUUAGUUCUUACUGGGACAUGCAUUGUGGAUAAAAGAUCAUUCUAAACUUUAAAUGAAUGACAGAACAACUAUGGAUACAUGCAAAGGGUAUCUUACGUAGAAAAUGUUCUUGGGGGAAAUUACCAUGUGGUGCUCAUUUCUUGUGCCCAAGAGUUGUACGGGUAGUGCUUAACUCAAAAAGUGAUAUUGUGCUCAUAUUCAAAUAGGGGUUUGUUCAGAGUUCCUUCUCUAGGGCUGUACGCAGAGAGGCUAUAUGUGUGUGUGUGUGUGUACACACACACACACAGUUGUAAAGCAAGUAACAAGAUUUUGUUCCGCUGUGCUCCUUAAAAACCGAUGGUUCACACAAGAAAUCCUAAUACUUUUGAACCAAACACUUAUAAUUUUAUUUAUUGCAAUUUUGCUGCAUGGGACUUUGCUUUCAUAUACCUAUACAGUGGAGAGUUUGUCCUAAUUUGCUGAUCUGGAACACAUUUAAUCACAGUUGAAUUUACACCAACAACCCUGGUGUGUUUACAUUUCAAAAGAAAUGAAAUCGGCGUGGAAAAAUUUUUAGAAGUACUGUAGCUUUCUUCCGUUUUUUUCCAAAGGGAAAUAUUUCAAAAAGUGAAACUUAUGAGUAGGCAUUUCAAAAAAGAUAAAAAUAUUUUAUGUUUGUUUUUUGACUGACAUGCUAUAAAAAGGAUUAUAUUUGUGAAAGAAGAUACUGAUUGCCAAUAUUUCAAAUACCAUCUUGCAAUGUAUAGUUUUUAGUGACAUCGUAGUAUAAAUCUGUAAUUUGAACUUUUCCUUUGGAAUGUAAAGUAGAAGAUACUAGCUAUGUCAAUGAUAUCUUGCAAAGUGUUCCCAUUUAUAAUUAUUUAUAUUGUAAAUAGCUUUCUGAAGUAAAUUUGAAGUUAAUGUGCAUAAAAUGUAUUUAUUAUGUGAGGAAUUUUUUUGGUUUAAAAUAUAGUUACCAAUA